CCGGAAUGCAGAAUUCUGAAUUAUCUAGGAGCACAUCACGCAGUCGUACAUUUCCUGAUUCCUGCACUAUAAAAGAGGCUGCCUCUUCGGCACAAGUGAGGAGAGGGAAGAGGAGCUGACAGCUGCCGAGACCUCUGAGGACCCAGAUAUCAAGAGAGAUGUUCCAAAUUGGGGGCCUCAUUGUCUUCUGUGGGUUGUUGGCCCAGGCCACAACCCAGCUUACAAACCUGCCCUUACCACCAGACGAACCCCUGACCUCAAGCCUAAUUCCAUCCCUGCCCUCCAGUCCCACAGGUCUCGCUGGAGACUUGACAAGUGCACUCAGCAAUGGCCUGCUCUCUGGGGAUCUGUUGGGAAUUCUGGAAAACCUUCCACUCCUGGACACCCUGAAGCUUAAAGGGGGCCCUUCCAAUGGCCUGCUUGAAAAAGUGGGGGGCCUGCUUGGAAAAGUGACUUCAGAGAUCCCUAUCCUGAAUGACAUUGUCGAUAUAAAGGUCACUAACCCCCAGCUGCUGGAACUCGGCCUUGUUCAGACUCCUGAUGGCCAUCGUCUUUAUGUCACUGUUCCUGUGAGCCUCACACUCAAUGUGAAUAUCCCUUUACUCGGGAAUCUAUUGAGACUGAGUGUGAAGCUAAACAUCACUGCAGAACUCUUGGCUGUGAAAGAUGCUCGGCAGAGGAUCCACCUGGUCCUUGGUGACUGCAUCCACUCCCCAGGAAGCCUGCAAAUCUCCCUACUGGAUGGACUUCCUUCCCUCCCAGUUCAGAGCCUUAUUGAUAGCCUCACAAAUGCCUUGAAUAAUGUCCUUCCUGACCUUGUGCAGGAGAAGGUAUGCCCUAUGCUCAAUGAGGUUCUCAGCCACUUGGAUGUCACCCUGGAGCAUGCCAUUGUUGACAUGCUUAUCAGAGGACUCGAAUUUGUUAUAAAGGUGUAAGCCCUCUGAGAAGGGAUCCGGCCUCUAUGGAGCAGAACGUUUCUUGCUGCUCCACCCACUCCCUGCUGGCUUGCUUCCCAGGGCUCUCAGAAGGCUGGCCCGCCAUGCUGGAAAAUGACACGGCUGCUUCUCUCCGAGGAUACUUGUCCCUUCCUUUCCCACCAGCAUGUGUAACAGCCCAUGUUCCUCACCAAAUAAAACGCUCUUCUUCUGUGCA